AUGAUGAAUGGACGAAUUACAUCUUUCUAUUUUGAGAAGUUUCCACCGUCGUAUCGUGAGCAAGAUCUAUGGAAAGUGUUUCAGAGGUGGGGCAGAGUGUGGGAGGUCUUCAUUGCUGCAAGAAGGAAUGCUAAAGGAUACUUGUAUGGGUUCGUCAAGUUCAUUGACGUGUGGGACGUAAAAGCACUGGAGGUUCGGCUGGAUAAAUUCUACAUUGGGAGUGUUAAGCUCAACGUAAACAUCUCAAGGUUCUCUAAGGAAGAAACGAGGAAGAAGAAACAUGAGACAAAAAUAUAUCGACGAGAGGCUGGAAGGAAGGACACCCAAAGGUCAUACGUUGAUGUGGUUAACGGAAAUGCAGUCCAAAAUAUAUACCAGGAGGUGAAGACGGUAGUCCCACGAUCCCGUCAUACAAGGGCGAUAAGGACAAAGAAGGUGAUGUGGUGUGAGAAAAAACCAUCAAUCCAAGGUAAUAGUGAGGACGAAGAAUGGACUGAAAUUACAAUGAAAGUGCCCGAGGUGUGUAGUGAAUGGCUUCGGGAGAGUUGGGUGGCAAGGUUACACUCACUGGAGGAUUUUGACAGACUGGAAGGGCUACAAGCAUUGCAUGGGAACGAAAAGGUACGUCUAAGAUACUUUGGAGAUGAUUUAGUCUUGAUUUCAGGCUUGCAGGAGAUGGAUCUUAUGGAAGCAGAGAAGGGAGAAAAUAGUGAGUUUUGGGCAUUGUUCUAUGAUAUCAACCGUUGGGAUCCGACAACAUUGCCUGGGUCUCGAUUAACGUGGGUGAGGUGUUACGGGGUCCCUUUGCAUAUGUGGAAUGAACAAUGUUUUUCUCAGGUGGUGUGCAUGCAAGGGUCUUUGGUUAAGGUGGAUUCAGAUACUGCCACGUUCAAGACAAUUGAGAGUGCGAGGCUGCUUAUUAAAACUUCAUCACAACUACCCAUCCAACAACAUUCCCGGUUCAAGAUCAAUGGAAUACGAACACAAAUCAGACUAGUCGAAGAAACAGCGGGGUUAUACCCAAACUGCAAGUGUUACCUAUGGAGGGACAACUCAUGUAUUCGACCUCGAAUAAACGUGUUAAGGUUCAUAGUCGACCUCGAAUAA